CACCUACCCGAUCGGUAACCCAACCCAACCCGGCACGAGCCAACGCUCGCUAGUCUUUGCUUGCGCGCAGUUUUUUUGGUACCCGGCUCGAUGGCGCACGGGCGGAGCUGCCUGUUCCUGGCGUGCCUGGUGGCCGCGUCGGUAUCGUCCACCGCGUCCGCGUUCGUGUUCAAGGCGGGCGGCACGGGCGAAUGGCGCGUGCCGGCCGAGCCCAGCGGCGGCAACACCAGCGCGUACAACGCGUGGGCGCAGCGCAACCGGUUCCGAGUCGGUGACGCCAUCGCGUUCUCUUACCAACCCGGCAACGACUCGGUGCUGCUCGUCGACAAGAAGGCGUACGACGCCUGCGACACGAGCGCGCCGAUCGACACGUUCGCCGACGGCAACACCGUGUUCACCUUCACCCGCUCCGGCCCUUUCUACUUCAUCAGCGGCAACAAGGACAACUGCAACCGCAACGAGAAGCUGAUCGUCGUGGUCAUGGCGGAGCGCGCGGUGGCCGGCAACGGCACGGAGCCGGCCAGCCCGUUCUCGCCGUCGUCCCCGCCGCCGCCCAUUGGCAUCGAGAUCUCGCCGACGGCGCACCCGCGGCCGAAUGCCGCGGCCCCGAAGGCUGCAGGUGUUGCCGGCAUGGCCGCGCUUUCCAUUGGAGCGUUGUUCUACGCACUUGUUUGAUAUGUACAUUUUGUUUAAAAUGGUCAUGCGCGCGCGCAUGUGGAUGGAGGCUGACACGGCUGCUUUACUUGCCUGAAUUAUCGAUGUGUACCGAUUGAUUUGAUUGAAGUUUGUUCUUAAUGUGAUGUAUCAAAUGUUGCUGGAAUGUAUGUACUGUUUUAUUGAUUCAAUGCUGCUGGAAAUGCGGAU